CCGAACUCUUCAGAACUUCAGCAAAUUUCGUAGAGAGCCUCCAUCCCGUUACAACCCACGAAACACGCAACAGUCGUCACCACCCCACUUUCGCAUCCACUCUAUCUCGGAUAUGGCGACUGCCCUGUGUAUCCGCUGCGUCAGCCGCACUUCUCCCCGCCGAUUCCUCAUCGGCGCCUCGCGGCUGUACUCCGAUGACGCCUCCCCGCUGACCACCCCGCUCACUCCCGGUCCCGUCAAGCCUGCCGCCGAUGCCACGAUCAUUAGAAGUUCCACGCUCGCCGGCACCAAGCUGAACAACAUCAACUACUUCAAGAACAAGCAGGACCCGGUUGCUCUGGAGGAUAGCGAGUACCCGGAGUGGCUGUGGGCUGCGCUGGACGACAGCAAUAAGUCAACUAGCAAUGCGGCCGAGGAUGUCGGGGAUCUCUAUUCCAAGUCCAAGAAAGCCCGAUCACUCGCCAAAAAGCGCGCCGCGAGAAUGGCAGCCCUCGAAGCGUUAGACCCAGAAAAGAAAGUUCCUAUCCACGAGCAGACUAUUGAUCUUCCCUUCACCACCAUCAUGGACCCGUUGCAUGGUGGCCCGGCGGCUCCUUCGCCACUCACGAGGACUGUUGCUGCUGUUGGAGGUGUUACCGCGAGAUUGGGGGCUGGCAAGACGAAGCUCAAGAUUGUGCCUACGACUGUCACUAUUGGUGGUGAAGGUAAUUUCCAGGUUACCGGUGUCGAGGCGGCCAUGGCAAGGCAGGAGAUUAAGAAAGCGCUGCGCAAGAAGGGAAGGGCCAACAUUAAGGAGGGCAACUUCUUGGCUCAAAUGUAAAUGGUUGUGUAUUUGUACAUGAGGUUUUGUUCGAUAGGCCGAUACAUGUGCAUUACUUUGAGUCUCAAAGUUUAGUUGAGCGCUGUGACCUGGAG